AUGUCGCGAGCCAUUCUCAGGAAGCAGUCGAAGCGUGAUACACUCGAAACUAUCGAGGACGUGCGAGCUCGCAUCGAGCGCCUCGAAAAAGUCGUCGAGGAUGCCGUCGAGGCGAAGAGCACCGUCGCUGAUGUUCUCGAGCGCCUUAAGGGUGCUGGAGCAACACAUAAGGAGGCUGAGGAUUUCGGGAAACAGUUCAUUCAGCUGUUCAAAGCCCGACAUGGUAGCGUCGAAGGUCCGGGAUCUCAACAGAUUGAGGGGGAACGUGAGGGUACCCCUGAGGGUCUCAAUGAGGACGAAGCUGCUGAGUUCCGACGGAAGCGUGAUUCCCUCCUCGGAGAGCAGCCCCAGGGCGAUGAAGAGGAAGCUGCCCGACGCCGCCGCGCUGUCGACGCUGCUGAGUGGCAGCUUGUUUUGGCGAAACUUGCUACCGUGGCGGCGAGGCCCGAUUCUUCAGCUGGGAAAGGAUCCUUCUCGGAGCUCCUCAAAAUCUUUGACAGAUCCAGUGCAUCUACAUCUCGGUCAAUCCCCUCGACGGUUUUGGAUGGUGCUCCGCACCUAUGGAACCUAUCAUCCAACGCUAUCAAGGACCCUCACCUGGACGAAACAUGGAGACUCCGACUCCUUUUCGCUGGAAAAGAGACCAUCGACAGCAUCGUCGACCAUCUUCAAGCCCAGCCUGUUGAUCAACCACUCCCUCGCUCCAUCUGGAGAUUGCUUGUACAGGACCAAUAUGUUGAUUUCGAGAAGUUGUUCGCCUUGAUGGAUCCGAACUACAAUCACAAUGAUGAUCCGAAGGAUUUUGGGGGUGGUUUCGCUCUUGUCAAGAAGGAGCUCGCAACCGCUAAAAAGACCCUUCGGACUGAAGCCGAUGGGAUUCGAGUUUUCGCUGCCUGGUGCGAAGGAACCAUCCUCCUCUAUCCUCAUCGACUGAAAGAGCUCCAAGCCUAUUCCCGCCUGGUCUCUGAUGUUUUUCACGCCUGCCCGAAUGAUCCUUCAAAUGGCAUACGCUUCGACCUCGAAAGCCGUCAACGUUAUGCGAAGAGUCCUUAUCGGCUGGAUGACAAGGCCCAAUCAUUUGUGUCGAUCCUGGGUCAGUUCCUUGCUAUAAUUGGAACUUGGGUAUCUGCAGUGAACCGUGCAAGAACAGUCGGAGGCAUGGUCUCUGUAGUGAGUGUGGUGGUCAGCACCGAGCAAGAGACGUCGCGGCGUGCUAUGCUGCUUUCCAAACUCGCAGAGGAAAAGGAGCUCGCUCUGGCAGCGCAGAGGGCAGCGGACCUAGCGGCAGUGGGGCCUAAGCAGUUUGUCAAGACAGAUGUGAAUCUCAAGCGUCCGGCAGCAGCGCCCCUGGAUGUACCACCUCGCUAUCGCCGCGGAUUUGUCUGGUCCAACUCUGCUUCUCUCUGUGAAUCUCCGGCCGCUCUUUUAACCUUAUCUGCUCCUCCUUUGCCAUCUCCACCUUCUCAUCUCAUUGAUGACCCUGCACUCAUCUCUUCUCUUUCUGCAAUGCAAGGCUUUGUCAAGGUUGACACCCCAUUCAACGUUGAUCGCCUUGAAUCUCUUCUAUCCGAUCACCCCAAUCGUCCUUUUGUCGACUCAGUUAUCCGUGGCCUUCGUGAAGGUUUCUGGCCAUUUGAGGAUGGGGACUGGGAUAAGGAUGCUACCGAACCCUUGUCCAACUUUGCAUCUGAGGUUGAAGACCUUGAUGCCAUUCGAGCCUUUCGCGACAAAGAACUCGCUGCGGAGAGGUGGUCAGACCCACUACCAAUCACAGAUCUUCUUCCGGGGAUGAUGUCGUCGCCCAUGUUUGUGGCAUGGCAGAAGGAAAAACCCCGUGUCAUCACUGACCAUUCAGCUUCAGGUCUGAACGACGGUAUCCCAAGAACCGAAGCAAAAGUGCACUAUGACGACAUGCGCACCUUUGGACAGAUCUUGUUUAAUGCUCGACUGAACCGUGCAAGAACAGUCGGAGGCAUGGUCUCUGUAGUGAGUGUGGUGGUCAGCACCGAGCAAGAGACGUCGCGGCGUGCUAUGCUGCUUUCCAAACUCGCAGAGGAAAAGGAGCUCGCUCUGGCAGCGCAGAGGGCAGCGGACCUAGCGGCAGUGGGGUUUGUCAAGACAGAUGUGAAUCUCAAGCGUCCGGCAGCAGCGCCCCUGGAUGUACCACCUCGCUAUCGCCACGGAUUUGUCUGGUCCAACUCUGCUUCUCUCUGUGAAUCUCCGGCCGCUCUUUUAACCUUAUCUGCUCCUCCUUUGCCAUCUCCACCUUCUCAUCUCAUUGAUGACCCUGCACUCAUCUCUUCUCUUUCUGCAAUGCAAGGCUUUGUCAAGGUUGACACCCCAUUCAACGUUGAUCGCCUUGAAUCUCUUCUAUCCGAUCACCCCAAUCGUCCUUUUGUCGACUCAGUUAUCCACCUUGAUGCCAUUCGAGCCUUUCGCGACAAAGAACUCGCUGCGGAGAGGUGGUCAGACCCACUACCAAUCACAGAUCUUCUUCCGGGGAUGAUGUCGUCGCCCAUGUUUGUGGCAUGGCAGAAGGAAAAACCCCAUGUCAUCACUGACCAUUCAGCUUCAGGUCUGAACGACGGUAUCCCAAGAACCGAAGCAAAAGUGCACUUUGGACAGAUCUUGUUUAAUGCUCGACGUCAGCAUCGUGGGCAAAGACUUGUCGUGUGGAAGUCUGAUAUCGCCUCAGCUUUCUUGAACCUCCCUGCCCAUCCUUUAUGGCAACUCCAACAAAUAGUUGUGGUUGACGGAAAGUUUUACGUUCGGACUCGGUUACUCUGCUGGAUUGCAGUUAAGAAGCUUAGCAUUGAAGGACUUCUCGUCUACAUGGACGACUCUUACGGUUGGGAUUUCGCCGACAACCUCAUCAAAUUUUCUAUCGGAUGCCCGUAUGAGGACAGGAAGCAAGAGGAUGGUGAUUGUCUAAAAAUCAUUGGUUUCUGGGUUGAUCCCAAUCGUGGUAGCAUCUCACUUCCCCCCGAUUCCGUUGACACCAUUGUGACGCACAUUACCUCCUUCCUCGCUCAUCCCAAACGUUCGCCUAUUCUCCGUGAUUGGCAGCGGCUUGGUGGGCACCUGAAUUGGCUCUUUAACGUGCUUCCAUGUGGGCGGCCUGCACUUUCAGGGUUAUUCCGAAAGAUACGAGGAAAGACUCACAGCUCAAGCCCGGUUUUCCUGAACCGAACAGUUCGCAAAGAGCUGACAUGGUUGGCAGGUGUCAUUCGCCAUGCUAUUGGUGUUCGCUUCGUGGAUAGUCUCAACUGGACGGACGACAAGGCUGACAUUGUUCUCUGGACGGAUGCAAGUCUCCGUCUUGCCUUGAGCUUUUACUAUAGUGGUAAUGGGUUUGUGUACCAACUCCGGCCACCUCCUCCUGGUACUGCCAUUGACAUCUUCUUCCUCGAGCUGAUCGCCAUUAUGUCAGCCAUCUUCCACGUUGCGUCUUUUAAAUCUCCACCACGUCGCAUUCUUCUGUUUACCGACAGUUUGGAUGCGGUUGGACUGCUCAACUCGCUUGCAGCAUCUGAAGAUCAGCACAAUGCACCCCUCUUAGGUAUCGCAGAGGUUAUUCUGACCUCAGGUGUUGACCUUCGUGUCCGUCAUAUUCCUGGAAAGGAUAACAUUCGCGCUGAUAUGCUUUCACGUCUCCUCCUUGAGGACUUUCAUCGGCGUUUCCCUGCAGACCACGUCCAGCUCUUUGACCCUCCAAGGGUCCUCCUGCCGGCGCGUUGGAGGGAGACCCUUUGGUUGCAAGCGUCCGCGAUUGAGAAGUCCACAUCCCAAGGUUACGCGACUGGCGCGCGCGACUACCUUCGGUUUUGUAUAACACAUUCUCUUCCAAUUAAGCCAACACCUCAGACACUUUCCUGCUACAUUGCCUACACCUCUCAAUUCAUCGCCUCUGGCCCGAAAUACCUGUCCGGAGCUCGCCAUUUCCUCGCUGAUUUCUAUCCGGAGUUUGAUAGCAGUCGUUCUCACCCAAUUGUGCAGGCAACAAUCCGUGGCUCGAUGAAGACCCGAGCCGAUCCUAUCCGCCGCAAACUCCCAUUACGGCUUGAACAUCUUUCAGCCUUUCUCAAGAUAGCAAGAGACUCUAAGUCAUAUGACAAUCUACUCUUCAUCACCAUUCUUUCUUGCUGCUUUUAUGCUUGUCAUCGAAGCGGCGAACUCGUUCAGAAGAAUGACUCACGUCUCUUUGAUUUGCGUAAGAUAAUUUGUCGCUCCUCCCUCAUCUUUGUCGAUGGCCGUGCACAAUAUCGAUUGCCUUAUCAUAAGGCGGAUCGUUUCUACCGUGGAUCAGACAUCCUGCAUAGCUCGCAAGAUGUGGCGGAUCCGGUCUCCCUCCUCAAGGAAUACGUCAUCCUCCGCAACAGCAUUCAUGGGACCAAUGUUGCGCUUUUCUUGAAGGAAGACGGAAGCCAUCCUACAUGCUCUUGGUUUGAUGCAAAGUUUUUUGCUGUUCUUGAUCGAACCUUUGGUGGUCACUCACCUCGAGCAGGGGGAGCAACCUUCUACGCUUCUCUUGGAGUGUCUGAGGAUGUCAUCCAAGCGAUUGGACGCUGGUCGUCAGCAGCCUGGAAAAUUUAUGUGCGCGAAAACCCAACUAUUCGGGCAGAACUUCAACUCGCAGCGCUGCGCCUUCGACACCUCUAUUCUCCUCACCCCUCGUGA